AUGGAGGACGACGAGGCGACGUUUGCUGACAUCACAUUUUUGGAUCGACUCAGCUCCUUUGGAACCCUGGAUGAGUAUGUACUAAAAAGUACUCCAGAUGAGGUGGCAGCUCUAAGGGAGCUGGUGGAGGACCUCCGCUCAGCGCUGCAGGGGAGCGAUGCCCGCUGCCUGGCCCUGGAGGUGGCGCUCCAACAGGAGAGGAGCAGCACCCUCCCUUCUGCAUCCUGCUACAACCCUACGGUUUCAAAGCCUAAGACUUCCAUCACAUUUAUCCAGGGAAAACUAGUUCCAACUCAAAGAAUUAAAGGACAGCUAAGCAGUGCUGCAGGAGACUCAGCAAGGAGAGUGGCAAGGAAACGAGAUAUCAGAGACCCACUUCUAAGGGAGCUGAAGCUGAUCCGCUCCUCACGUGAUGGGCAGCUGGAGGAGGCCAUCAGAUUCAAUAAGCAUCUGGAGGAGGAGCUGCAGUGGGCGUACCAGGAGGUGCGCAAGUUGCAGGGGGUGGAGGCUGCACUGAGGAAGGAGAACACUCAGAUCAGGAAGCGGGCAGAGGAGGCCAGGGAGGCUCUGAGCUCGGGGCUGCAGCAGGUUCGGCUGAUCCAGGAGCAGGCCCGAUCUGUGCCCCAACUCCAGUCCAGGAUCACCCAGCUUGAGACUGAGCUGCACAGAUACAGAACCAGCUGCACGUGUGUCCUCAGCCCUGCAAGUCAACAGAACCAGCCUGAAGACAGUUACAGCAAAACAGAUGCUGAGUGUCUGCAGAGGGCAGUGGAGGGAAGAGCUGCAUCUGAUGAAGAGGAGGAGGACAGUAGGAUGAGAGAGGAAGAACAGCGCUGCCUGAUGGAGGUGAAGAGGCACGUUGGACGAAUGCACGGCUGUAGCAAAGGUUUCAGCAGCACUUCUAAAGACAACAGGGGGCACUUCUGUCGGAAAGGACCAAACCAAGAGCGGCCGCAGGGAGGCUUUAAACAAGCGAGUCCCGAGGAAGAGGAGGAGAGGAAACAAGAGGAAAAUGCGAAAACACGUCUGUCUUUGUUGGAGGGCAAACUCACUGAUUCACUCACAUUGCUGCUGCAGCUACGCAACAAGAACAUGUCCAGCAGGGGUCUGGGGAAGAUGGUGAUGGAUACUUUGGAUGUGUGCAGCAGGGGUGGAGCUGCUUUUAUUCCCCUUUCUCCGGGACCGUCCCAGAUCCUGCAGGUCGCUGAUUCUCUCUCCGUCCACUGAUCCUCAACUGCUCAAAGAUGGAGGAGAAAGGAUGACGGAGGAGGAGGAGGAGGAGGAGAGAGCAGAGAGCAGAGAGAAACUCCUGCUUCUACCCUCAGGAUAUCAAACUAGCAGUGUCAACC